AUGUCUCAAAAUAAUAAAUGCUAUGGAUGCCACCAAGAUUUGUCAGGAGAAUAUUGCACACUUAAAAAAGAUAAAGGAGUAGUAGAAAAUGUUCACUUUAAAUGCUGGGAGGUAAACCAAGAGCAAUAUAAGCAAGAAUUUGACCAAAUUACUGAAAAGGGAAAAGUCAUCCAAACUAAAUGUGAAGAAAACAGUUGUGGGAAGAAAUUUGACCCUCGAACAGCUGAGGGACUAAGACAUAAAGGUGAACAAAAUGUAGUAGAUUACCCCGAUUUAGUUGGAUUAGAAAUAGUUUUUGCUAGUGAUUUAGGUUCUGUUUACAGACUUAGUUUUAAAGAACAUGAGGAAUUAAACAAAAACUCUACUCCUGUUGAAACUAUGGAGGAUUUAGUUCAGCAAUGA